AUGCGGUGGUGCCUUGCGUUGCUUCUCUGCAGCUUCUUGGCCGCGGUAAAUGCUCUGAGUAGCUCUGGUAGCCGUUUGUUGGUAGUUUUGGACGAGAGCGAGAAGAGCCCUUACUCAACCCUGUGGGCGGAUUUGGAAGCUCGAGGAUACGACCUGACAUUUGAAGGACCCAAGAGCGACAAGCUGUCCCUCUUCCAACAUGGUGAAAGAGCUUACGACCAUCUCCUGGUUCUACCACCGAAGUCAAAAGGACUCGGCCCCUCCCUCACCCCGAAACACAUCCUAGAUUUCCUUGACAAGGACGGCAACAUUCUCCUCGCCCUCUCUGGCAAGUCUGCGACCUCCAGCUCUAUCAGCUCCCUCCUCCUCGAAGUCGAUGUUCACCUCUUGAAUGAUCGUUCCGCUGUCGUUAUCGACCAUUUCAACUACGAUACUCUCUCAGCCGCUGAGAAGCAUGAUGUCCUUCUUCUUCAGCGUCCGGGACCACUGCGUUCUGACGUCAAGUCCUUUUUCGAUGGCGAGGGUGUUCUUGCUCUUCCUCGAGUAGCUCCCCAGACCUUGUCCAGCGACAGUCCUUUGCUUGCGCCCAUUCUGCGAGCUCCUGCCACUGCCUAUUCCUAUAACCCUAAAAAUGAGAUCCCAUCAGCCGACGAGAUCGAGUCGACUGGUUCCCAGCUGAACAUUGUGUCGGCUAUGCAGUCCCGUAACUCUGCUCGCUUCGUUGUCCUAGGAUCUGUGGAAUCACUAGAGGAUAAGUGGUUCGAGGCUUCUGUCAAGGCCCCCAACGGCAAGAAGACUCCCACCGUGAAUCGCGAGUUCGCCAAGCAAUUGACCGCAUGGGCUUUCAAGGAGACCGGUGUCUUGAAGGUUGGAACUAUCGAACACCACCUGGCCACUGAUGGCGAGGUUUCUGCCGAAGAUUUGAACCCCAAGAUCUACCGUAUCAAGAACGAGACGGUCUUCAACAUCGAGAUCUCCGAGUACGUCUAUGACAAGUGGGUUCCCUUCGAGAUCUCUGGUGAUGAUGAGCUGCAGCUGGAAUUCAGCAUGCUGUCGCCCUUCCACCGUCUGGCCCUCCAGCCGAGCCGCCAGACCGAGACUAGCCAGGUGUACAGCGCCCAAUUUAUCGUCCCGGACCAGCAUGGAAUCUUUUCCUUCCGUGUCAACUUCAAGCGACCCUUCCUCACUAACAUUGAGGAGAAGCACGAGGUGACCGUGCGCCAUUUUGCUCACGACGAGUACCCGCGCAGCUGGGCCAUCAGCGGUGGCUGGGUCUGGAUCGCCGGACUCUGGUCGGUCAUUGGAGGGUUUCUGGCAUUUGUCGUUGUCUGGUUGUACUCAGCCCCUGUGGUUGAUAAGACCAAGAAGACGCAGUAG